AUCUCCAUUAUUAAAAUUAUGCACGUAAGAAUAACUCAUGAGUUUUUUUUGGUUGAUUAAAUGACAUUAUGUCCAAAUUUAUUUAAGGAUAUUUUAUUGAGAAAUUUGCCAAAAGAGAACAAAAAAACAGCAUAGUUGUCCCUAUGGUAUAAAUCCAACCUAAAGUUGUCCCUAUAGUAUAAUAUUUUCCAUAAUGCCAAAAGUAACCUUUGAUUAAUCCCAUUAAACAUGAUUAAUUGUAUUUAGAAAAAAAAAAUUAAUGAAAAUCGGUUGGUUUAACUUUAAACCGGGGGAAAAAAAGGAUCUAAAGGAGAUAUUUCCCUAACUCCCCCUAACCCUAAAUCGAUCUCUCCGCCUCUCUCUUUCACGGCGAACAAGAAGGUGAUUGUGUCUUCUCCAUGGUCUUUUCUCCGGUGAAAUCAACGGCGAGUGUAAUCACCGGUGGAACCCCUUUCUUUUCUCCUACCCGUGGAACCCCUUCGCCUUCUCCUACAUACCGAAGGUAAACACCAAAAUUCUCCAUCCAAUUUCAGUUAUAAAGUUAGUUCAUUUCUCCUUCUUGUUCUAAUACUUCUCUGGAUCUCUUACAAACACAAAGGCGAUUUCGGAGUUCUCUUGGUGGUUGGUGAAAUCUAGUUUGUCUUCAACCUCUCCGCCUCUCUCUUUCUCUGACAUUACUUCAUACGGUUCUUUGGUUUCUUUUAUCUCCGACAUUACGUCUUUGUAUUUCUGAUUUUAUAAUUUGUUUGAUUUUUCUCUAGUGAUUGUCUCUGUUUCACUGUGAAGUUAGGUUUUUUCCCUUCAAACAAUAUCUUAUGCCUUAAUUUGAAUAUGUUUGAUUUUUGUGAAUUGAUUUCGUUUGACAUGGGUUUUUAAAUUGAUUUUGUUAUUGAACAUGAUGAUAGUCUUUGUGUUUCUGACUUGCGAAUUUGGUUAUUUGUUUUUUGUUUGUCUCUGUUUCACUGCAAAGUUUGUUUCUUUGACUUGAAUCGAGUUGUUCUGUAAAACUGAAAGAGACGAGCUUACCUGAUUUGUGAAACUGAUUUCGUUUCUGAAUUGUCUUAGUUUGCUUAACUAAUUAUAUGAACUGAUUAUGUUUCUGACUUAUGGUUUCAUUUUAUUUCGUACUUCGUUUCACUAAAUCAUUUCUUUGUCUUUUGUAGAUAUGGAGUUAGAGCUACCUAAGCGACUGUAUGCAGAGGGUUUGGAACCUCAGGUCAAGAAGAUCAACAAUUGCUGCCGCAUGGAACUUAUCAGGGAUCUGAAGAAAGCUAUGUCUGCAGAGUACAAUGAUGUGAAGAUAGAUCCGGUUUUUAAACACAUCAUGGCUAUUGCGGAAAACAAGCUCAAGUUUUCAGGGAAAUUGGUGGAUAGUUUCUUGUGUAAGCAGCUGAUUACCUCGAAGAUGCAUGAGAAGUGGUUUGUCUUUGCGAGGACGCCUCUCCGGUUUUCCCUUCAGGAGUACCAUGCUGUGACAGGCCUCAAAGUUUCUCGGGAAAGCAGCAGUGACGUUGUAACAUGUAAAAAUGACGGGGGGGUUUUGGAGUAACCUACUAAGGACAGGUGAUAAGAUCACGUUGAAGUUGAUCUGAAAGGUGCAUCUAAAAGAAGUUCACAAGUGGACUCGGAUUGAUAGGAUGAGGUCGGUCUACCUGUGUGUGAUAAUGGGUGUGGUGAUGGGGAGAUAUGAGAAGGUGAACAUCCCUGAUAUGUACAUCAAAUUGGUGAUGGACCUUGACAAGCUCUGCAAGUUCCAUUGGGGUCUUCACUCCUAUGACUUCCUGCUGAGUUCUAUUGAGAACGCUAGGAAGAAGUUGGGUAAGAAGAACAGCUACAUUCCUAUGCUUUCCAGAUUUGGAUUAUGGCAGCAAAGUCUCGGACAGUUUCAGCGGUCCAAGGUGUGGAAAUUGGAAAGGAGUUGCAAAAGUUUCUUAUGAGGACAUCAUUCAACUUGAGGAAUCGUUUACUGAGAAGGGAGACUUGUUCUCGGUAAUUUCAGUGAGUGGCAAUGGUGAUGUGUUGAGGGAUGCUGAUUAUACAAGGAAGGAUGAGAUGGAAGAUGAAAGUGUGGACCUUCUUCUCGAUAGGAUUAAAUACAAGUUUGCUUGGAGCAACACAGAAUGGCCAGUUAUAGAGGCUGAAGAGACUGAGAUGGAGGAAGCCGAUACAGAGUCAGAAGCUGAUAAGAGUGUGGAUGAUACUGAUAUUGCAGCAGACGUGGAGACAUCUUCGGUUAAUGUUGCUGGAAGAGGCAAGAGAAAGAUUCAGGAUGAAGGAGCCGAGACAAGAAAGAAGAAGUUGCUGUGUAAGCGAACUGCAGAAAAAAAACAGAGUAUUGAUUGUGAAGCGAAGAGUUUCAUUGAGGGUUUAGUCCACUCUUCUGUCAAUUCCUUGGGAGAUAUACUCAGAGUCCAAAUGGCGAGUAUGGAGAGCAUGUUCAAAGAGAGGAUGGGCAACAUGGAGAGCGAGGUUUCACAGCUCAGGGAAGCAAUCAGUUUGAGUGGCGAAGGAAGCGUUCCUAAGAGCAAAACCGAUGAAGCUCCGCCUAAGACCAAAACCGUUGAUUUAGCUCCAGCAAAGAAAAAGGUCAAUCAAGCUCAAGCUCCAGCAAAGAAAAAGUUACAUGAUGAGGAAAUAGAUCGAGCCGGAGAAGACUCACCAGAUGCGGCAUUGGUGUAUCUUCGUGAAGAGGAUUGGGAAAAAGUUAGCACUUGGUUAGCUAAAUCCAAGUAAGUAAAUUCCGCCGUUUCAUAUCAUGUGUUGUUAAAUUUUAAACAAAACAUAUCAUUGUUUUGAACUUGUAUCAUUGUUUUGGUUACAUGCCGCUACGGAUUGGACCGACAAUGUUAGAUGCUGAGAUUGGUACUCUUCUUAUG